AUGGGCACUGGUGACCAAAAAGUUAACGCCGAAGAGCUCGACGUACCUUCAAAUUUGCAACGAGAAUUGGAAAAAUCAGGUACUCGUAGCAACGCAUCUCCACGAAGCCCGACUAAGACCAGUACUAUCAAUUUAGCAGGUAUAUAUGAAGAUGCAGGAGACACUGCGUCAAUAGCUUCUUCGUCCGUAGACUCGCUGAACAUGCUUUUGGAGCGUCAAAGAGUAAGACAAUUGAACCAUCCACAACAUCAACAGCAUAUAAGUAGCUCACUAGCUAAAAUCACAACCGUCUCUUCAUCGUAUUCAAGUGAAUGCCCGAAGAAUAAAGUUAAAGAAACGAAUCGGAUUUCAUUAACAUAUGACCCUGUAUCAAAGAGAAAAGUUUUAAAUACUUAUGAGAUUAUCAAGGAAUUAGGCCAUGGACAACAUGGGAAAGUAAAACUAGCACGAGAUAUACUGAGCAAACAACUAGUAGCAAUUAAAAUCGUGGAUAGACAUGAAAAAAAACAGAGGAAAUUUUUCAGGUUUAUUAAGUCGAGUAAAAUGUCUGAAAACGAUAAAAUAAAACGAGAAAUUGCUAUUAUGAAAAAGUGCCAUCACAAACACGUCGUACAACUGAUAGAAGUCCUAGAUGAUUUGAAAUCAAGGAAAAUAUACUUGGUUCUAGAGUAUUGUUCAAGAGGUGAGGUCAAAUGGUGUCCGCCGAAUUGUUUGGAAUCAGAUGCUAAAGGUCCGUCCUUACUAAGUUUUCAAGAAACGCGAGAGAUACUGAGAGGUGUGGUGCUCGGUUUAGAAUAUUUACAUUAUCAGGGGAUAAUACAUCGCGAUAUUAAACCUGCCAACUUAUUAAUAUCUGGAGAUGGCACUGUUAAGAUCUCGGAUUUUGGAGUUUCAUUAGCUGCUAGCAGCACAAAUAGUUCCGAUAGUAGCGAAUCCUUAGAUGAACUGGAAUUAGCUAAAACAGUAGGUACACCUGCAUUUUUUGCCCCCGAAAUGUGCUUAGGUGAGGAUGCAUUUGCUAAGUAUAACUUAACGAAAGAAAAUCUAUUUCGUGGCUCUUGCAUCUCAUUCAUGAUAGAUAUUUGGGCUGUGGGUGUGACCUUAUAUUGUCUUCUCUUUGGAAUGCUACCAUUUUUUUCUGACUUUGAACUGAAACUAUUUGAAAAAAUUGUCAACGACCCUUUAAAAUUUCCGAGAUACAAAGAAAUAAAGUCCAACAAUGUAUCUAAGAUAUCUUGUGAAGAAGAAUACGAAAUGGCAAAAGAUCUUUUAUUGAAAUUGUUGGAAAAAAAUCCUCAAAAAAGAAUGACUAUACCAGAAAUUAAGAAGCAUCCUUUUGUUUCAUGGGAUUUUGACCAUAUACCGAAAGAUGAUGAAAUGUUGCUUUCUUCCACUCUUGAGCAAAAGUUGCGCUUCCAAUGUAAUCAAACUGAUCAAUUCGAACCCAUUUCCAUCUCAAAACAUGAACUGAAAAAUGCUGUCUCUGGUGUGGGGAAAAAAAUCAAAGAAUCGGUAUUAAAGAGCAUUCCGUUGAAAAAUCCAUCAGAUCCCUCACAUAAUUACCUUCAGCCAACGGAAAGUAUUAGGAGUAGAGGCAGCGCUAACGUUAUUGUAAGCGAAGGAUCAGUAUUAUCAAACAUUAAGGAAUUGAGUGUCAAUGAUGGUUGUUUAAAUGUGGACAGUGACAUUAAUGAUAAUGCCGACAACGAUGAUAAUCAUAAUGACAGUGAGAAUAAUCGACAUUUAACUAAAAAAGAACUGGAAAGAGAAUUAAACAAAUUUGAUGAUAAACGCGAAGCCAGCAAUAUGGUUAAUCUACCUAUCAACUCCUCCUUUGCAUCGUUGGAUAGCUUCUAUAUAGAUAACUUUGCAAUGGCUAAAAUGGGGAUAAGCCUUCCAGAAUCAGGUGAUUCUAUUUCAUCUACGCCAAAUCUUCCAUCUGCGCCAUCAGCUACAAGACUCGGCCGGUCUCCGGUGCUUGGCGGAUUGUACAAUCAACCAAGUCCAAUACGUCCUGUUUUGCCACAACAAAAGACAUCUUUUCAUGCAGCGUGCCGAUAUGAUAAAAGUCACAAAAGCCUUGCAAGAGAUUCCUCUUCUCAUUUAAUGUCUUUCAAUUCCGGUAGACCGUCUUCAAGAAGUAGUCGAAUGAACUCCCGUAACCAGAAUUUGCCAAAAAUUCCAGAUAGCUUUUCCAAAACCACGACCACCCAAUUGACCGAACGAAAAGUUCCCAACGAUUUGGAAAUGUCGACACCUGGAAAAGACAUUAAGAUUGAUCAUUCGAAGAAGUUUCUUUCAAGAAAUACUAGCAAAGUCUCCACAAAAAAAGAUCCUACUAGGAACGAUACUACUACCAACAAUAAGCCCUCCUCCAAAAAUUCUCCUAUAAAAUCGUUAUAUGAAAGGAUGAAACAAUCUCAGGAUAAAUCUCAAACCUUCGAAGUACGUCGGGGUAAUUUUUUCAGUCAUUUUAAUGGAGAUGAUGAAGACAGUAGUAGCCAGUCCUCUGUUCCUAGUUCUGGUUCCGAGUCUGGUUCCGAAUUAUCAUCUACUUCGUCUUCAUGCACAUCUGGAAAUCCAUCUCGGAAUAGUUCUAACAACUAUAACAAUGGCUUCUCGGAAACAGAAUCUUUACCUUUUGAGUUUGGUGUUGAUUCAGAAAAUGGAAGCGCGGUAUUGUUAAGAGAUUUACCUAAUGAAGACCAAAUAAGACCGUAUCUGGAUAUGCAGUCAUAUAGACAUAUCAAACCCAGGGAAUCGGCAAGCUCCAAGGUGCCUUCUGUAUCAUCUUCAUCAUCAUCAGAGGAUGAAGAGGCACUAAUUUUGAAUGUCGGGGGUGCGGGUCACCGGAGGAGAUACAAUUCUACAAGACCUGGUGAACUACCCAAUAGCUCACAAAAAAUAUCAGGCAAUGGCAUGUAUUCCAAUGGAAGCGUUCAUGAUAGUGAGACUACAAUUACCCCGCAUAAAAUACAUGGAAUGAGAUUGAAUCAAACUUCAAGUCGUACUCAACCAAUUAAUAGCUCUGGGCCGUUAGUAUUACCAAAGCACCUGGAUCAAAAAAAGGCCACUACUGAAACUUCUGGCUUGACAGAUAUUGUUGGAUUUCAUGGUAAUAAUAGUCAUGAUAAGAACGAAAAUAACGGUAAGGUUCUUUAUUCAAGAGACUUGUUAAAAGACGCUUUAAGCUCCACAAAUGCAGGCAGAAGAAGAUCUAUACCCUCAAAUAGAAUAAGAGGAAGAAAGGACACAAGUGUUGCUACUACUAAUUAUGUUGCUGAAAAUGAACAUGCUAGGAGUAUCCUCUAUGAUGAUAGUAAAGGUCCGGAAAUUAGCGGUGGAAGACAAAGAAUCCAUGAAAGAUCACGAUCGUUGACAGUUGCGGAGCUGAAUGAAGAAAAGAGAAGGAGUGUACAACCAUAA